AUGACCUUUCUCUCCCUCCCCUCUGCUUUGCCUCACCUCAGUCUCUGUCCAGGAGGAUGAUUCCAGAGAACUUCACCGGGGCCCGGGUGGCCCCUGCUGAAUUCAUCCUCCUGGGCAUUACAGAUCGCCGCGACCUGCGCCUGACCCUCUUCCUCAUCUUCCUGCCGGUCUACCUGGUGGGCCUGCUGGGAAAUGUGGGUAUGGUGCUGCUGAUCCGCGUGGAGACCCGGCUCCACACGCCCAUGUACUUCUUCCUGGCCAACCUCUCCCUGCUGGACGCCUGCUACUCCUCCGCCAUCAGCCCCAAGAUGCUAGUGGACCUGCUGCUGCCCCACGCCACCAUCCCUUACGUGGCCUGUGCCCUCCAGAUGUUUGUGUUUGCCGGGCUGGCGGAUGCGGAGUGUUGCCUGUUGGCAGCCAUGGCCUAUGAUCGUUACGUGGCCAUCAGAAACCCUCUGCUCUACACGACGGCCAUGUCACGGCGCCUAUGCCUGGCCUUGCUGGGAGCGGCGGGCUUGGGCGGGGCACUGAGUGCCUUUGUCCACACGACCUUCACCUUCCGCCUGAGCUUCUGCCGCUCCCGUGAAGUCAACAGCUUCUUCUGCGAUAUCCCUCCGCUGCUGGCCAUCUCGUGCAACGACACCAGCCUCAACGAACUCCUGCUCUUCGCCGUGUGUGGCUUCAUCCAGACCGCCACGGUGCUGGUUAUUACCGUGUCUUACGGCUUCAUUGCUGCGGCUGUGAUCCGCAUGCGCUCGGCCGAGGGCCGCCGGCGAGCAGCCGCUACCUGUGGCUCCCACCUCACAGCUGUGGCCAUGCUGUAUGGGACCCUCAUUUUCAUGUACCUGCGUCCCAGCUCCAGCUAUGCCCUGAACACCGACAAGAUGGCAUCUGUGUUCUACACCCUGGUCAUCCCAGCUCUCAACCCGCUCAUUUACAGCCUCCGCAACAAAGAGGUCAAGCAGGCCCUCAGAAGGACCUGGAGCCGGCUCUGCUGUCCGGGCCCAGGGCACGAGUGAGAGGCCUGGAGAGGCAGUGCAGGACUGACUGUGAAGACAUGAGGAGGACA